GUAUAAUGGCUUUGAUUGUCACAUUUGAGUCCGAUAGUUGUGCUAAUGUGCAGUGUGGGAUCCUUGCUGUUUUGAACAAGCAACAACUCGAGCAUGGAAUUGCAAUUACGCAUUGGUCAUGAUCACGAAUUAAAAUGAUCCCACCUUCAUUUAGGAAUCUUCCUGCUGGUUUCAUGGAAAUUAGGGAGUCAGCAGCAGAAGGAGCCACUAGGGAAACCUUGGAGGAAGCAUGCGCUGAAGUGGAGGUUCUGAUGGAGCCUGAGAGGAAAAUGUGAGAUUGAUGUGGUAAUUUUGAUGGCACAUUUCAGUAAAUGCUAAUGCUGCACAAAGAUCGACUCAUUUUUAUGGCUUGUCCCAAAAUUUUGGCACUUGCAUCCAAGGCAGAUUGCUAUAUGGUUCCAGAACAGGAGAGAAAGGUGGGCUGUGCCGGGAGCCAGCGGAAGCUUCUUUUGAUAAGAAGCAAUUUGUUACCUACAUGCAAAGGUAUAUCAAGCUGUUGACUCCUAAGUUGGAGGGAGAGCAUCAGGAACAAUUUAAGAAGAACAUUGAGGGAGCAACAAAGUUUCUACUUUCGAAGCUCAAGGACCUUCAUUUAGCAAGGGAAGCAGGAGAGAUCAAUAAAAGCUUGCUUACACUUGGUCGUGUCAUUAAUGCACUUGUUGAGCUUUCUGGUCAUAUUCCAUACAGGGAUAGCAAAUUGACGAGGUUACUGAGGGAUUCCCUGGGAGCAAAAACAAAGACAUGCAUAAUUGCAACCAUAUCACCCUCCAUACACUGCUCGGAAGAGACACUCGGCACUCUAGAUUAUGCACACCAUGCAAAAAAUAUCAAGAAUAAGCCAGAGGUUAAUCAGAAGAUGAUGAAAUCAACAUUGAUCAAGGAUCUUUAUUCUGAAAUUGAUCAUCUUAAACAAGAAGCAAAUGACAGGGGAGCUGCAAAGGCCACUGAACAGCUGCAAUCCGUAGGAAUUUCUGGCUACGGUGAUGGUGCAGCAGCAGCAGCAGUAGCUACUUCAGAUAUGCAGAUAUUUUACCUUGUGUUAUUGGAUUUGGUUUUCUGGUAUUUCUUGGAAAACUAUUUUGAUAUUUCCGUCCUGGCCGCCCUUACGAUAGACACCCCUGUUCCCUUUUUGUUCCAUGGGCCGCCUGAAGGCAUCUUAUUUCAGGUCCUUUCCGUGGCUGUCUAUAACCACUACAAAAGGAUCUAUCACGCAUCUGUACAGAAAGGGACUAAGGGAGAUUUGGGAAGUCCCAAGGCAGAAACUGAGGAUGAUGAUUCGGUGGAGCUAGAGAAAAACAAUGUAUUGUUGAUGGGUCCAACUGGCUCAGUUACAAAUGCGUCAUCUCUUUCUUACCUGUUAUGGUGCUUGCUCCUCAGGAGGAGAAAUGAAUUAUGGAUAUGGCCCAAGUACUUUCAGGCUCUUGUAAAUGAAAGCAGCUACUCCUAAGGUAUCUUCUUCUAAGAGAAAAUCCAAGGAUGGAGAUGAAGAUGGUUCAGAGAAGAGAAUCAAAGAAGAAAAAGGAUCCUAAUACACCAAAGAGAGCUAUGUCUGCUUUCAUGUUCUUCUCACAAGUCGAAAGAGAUGCAAGUUAUUUUUGGUAUGCCAUGCUGGUUUUUGUUUCUUGUUGCCUUUAAAAGUUUU